GGGGAGCCGGAACCAAUGUGCUGUGCGGCUCCGGCAGCCGGGGGACUGCUUUGGUAUGGGACCACCAGCUCUCCCCGGUGGCUCAGUUCAGACAGUUCCGGGGACGCGGGAGUGAGGCCUUCCUCUGCCGACAUGCACCGACAGAACUUCCGACCUCCGACUCCUCCUUACCCCGGCCCGGGGGUAGGAGGUUGGAGCAGCGGGAGCAGCUACCGGGGUACCCCGGGCGGAGGCGGGCCGCGGCCUCCCUCCCCUCGGGACGGGUACGGGAGCCCGCAUCACACGCCGUCGUUCGGGCCCCGGUGUAGGCCCUAUGGGAGCAGCCACUCUCCGCGACACGGCGGCAGCUUCCCCGGGGGCCGGUUCGGGUCUCCGUCCCCUGGCGGCUACCCUGGCUCCUACUCCAGGUCCCCCGCGGGGUCCCAGCAGCAAUUCGGCUACUCCCCGGGGCAGCAGGCCCACCCCCAGGGUUCUCCAAGGACAUCUACACCCUUUGGAUCAGGGCGUGGUAGAGAAAAAAGAAUGUCUAAUGAGUUGGAAAGUUAUUUCAAACCUUCAAUGCUUGAAGACCCUUGGGCUGGCCUAGAACCAGUGUCUGUAGUGGACAUAAGCCAACAGUACAGCAAUACUCAAACAUUCACAGGCAAAAAAGGAAGAUACUUUUGUUAACAUUUCUGAAAUUCAACGGGAAGCUUCAUGUGUCAGGAACAUCUUGGACAAAACUCACUUGUGUGCCUAAGUUGAACCCUGACAUGGUGACUCUGACUGAAUAAUUAGUUGAGUCUUCUUGGUAUUUUUCAUCAUGUCAAAUAUUGUGGGUAUGAGAAAAGAAAUAUGGUAGGAUAAUUUGCAAUAUUUCUCUGAAAGUGCCUACCACAUUUUAGAAGAUUUACAGUUUCCAACUAUUUAACAUUCUUGGUUAUAUAAUGGACAUUUGUCUUUUAAUGUUUUUCCAGUGUUUUAAAAUAAAACAUUUUGUCUUCCUA